AUGUUUGCUAACAAGAAGCACUUCACCAGUGCCAUUGUUGGGGCACUGAUUGCACUCUCCAUCAUUGCCCUUGUUCUCAGCCUGGUGAGGAUUGAAGAUGUCACCCUGCCACCCACAGUCAAGUAUGGGAUGGUGUUUGACGCAGGCUCAUCCCACACCUCCCUGUUUGUCUACGAGUGGGAUUCAGACAAGGAGAACGACACCGGCGUGGUCAGCCAGAACUUGUCCUGUGAUGUCCAGGGGCAAGGCAUAUCAAGCUAUGCCAAUGAUCCCCCGAAAGCUGGUGAUUCCCUAAGGGAGUGCCUGGAUAAAGCCAUGAAGGUUGUUCCUGCUGGAAAACAGAGGGAUGUCCCAGCUUAUCUUGGAGCAACAGCAGGCAUGAGGCUACUGAGGGAACAGAACAGCUCAGCAGCAGAUCAAGUCCUGGCUGAAGUUACUAAGACCAUGCAAGAGUACCCCAUGGCUUUCAAAGGGGCUCAGAUCCUUACAGGAGAGGAGGAGGGGGCUUAUGGCUGGAUCACCAUCAACUACCUCCUAGAGUCCUUCACUAAGUACUCCCCCAAAGCACACGCGUGGGUUCGUCCAGAGGCAGCCAACAUUUUUGGGGCACUGGAUCUUGGAGGAGCAUCCACUCAGAUCAGCUUUAUGCCUGAAAAUUCAGUCAUGAAUUGGAACGAAACCUCCAAGUUCACAUUGUAUGGGUAUAGCUACAACAUCUACACACACAGCUACCUCUGCUACGGACAGAAUGAGAUGCUGAAGCGACUGGCAAAGGAAUUAAUUGUGGAGUCAUCCUCCAGCACGCAAGUCGAUCACCCUUGCUACCCAAAAGACUACAAUGAAACCAUCUCGCUGUCUUCCUUCCGCACCAGUCCCUGCACGAACCAGAGUGACCCACGCCUGAUCCUCGGUGACAGGAACGUGACCCUGGAGGGCAGGGGCAAUGCCAGUGGGUGCCUGGCUGCCAUCAAGAAGCUGUUCAACUUCUCGGCAUGUGGCCAGCGCCAGGACUGCACCUUUGACAGCGUCUACCAGCCCCCGGUCAGAGGGCAGUUCAUUGCCUUCUCUGCCUUUUACUAUAACUUCAAGUUUCUCAACCUGACCAAAGGGCAAUCGCUGGCCACUGUCAGGGAGACCAUCGAGCAUUUCUGUGCAAGAAGCUGGGAAAAUCUGUCUUCUAGCUACCCUAAAGAGAAUCCUGAACGACUGCCUAAAUACUGCGCCAAUGCCAACUACAUCCUCACACUCCUCCUCGAUGCCUACAAGUUCAAUGAGACCAGCUGGAACAACAUCUUCUUUCAGAUGAAGGCAGGGAGUGCCGAUGUCGGCUGGACACUGGGCUACAUGCUGAACCUCACCAACAUGAUCCCAGCAGAGCCUCCAGCACGGGUGAAGGGGCACAUUCCUUCCCUGUGGGCUGCGGCCAUCACCUUCAUCAUCCUCACCCUUGCCUUGGGGCUUGCUGCCCUGCUCCUGCUCUUGUGGGUGUAG